CAUGGAAAUAGAAAAUGACUUACAACUCUGAAUUCAAACUAGUUGGUAGACAAUACUGUCUUCACGAAUCUAAUGUGUUUACCUAUAAAAAGAAAGAUGAAUAUGUACACAAGUUGUAUCACACAUUACUUGAAAAGUUUAGAAUAAAAUAUGGCAGAGGAAGUAAAGCUAUUUGGUAUGUGGGCUAGUCCUUUUAGUCGCAGAAUAGAACUAGCCCUGAAAAUGAAAGGAAUACAAUAUCAUUAUAUUGAGGAAGACCUCUCAGACAAGAGUGAUUUGUUGCUCAAGUACAACCCAGUUCUUAAAAAAGUUCCUGUGCUUGUCCACAAUGGAAAACCAAUUGCAGAAUCGCUUAUCAUUCUUGAGUACAUUGACGAGACCUGGAAACAUCAUCCUAUCAUGCCUGAAGACCCUUAUAAUAAAGCUGUAGCUCGUUUCUGGGCUAAAUUUAUAGAUGAAAGGAUCUUGGUAACAGCUAUUAAGGCUAGUGCAGCAAAAGAGGAGGAGAAAGAGCAGAUCAUUGAAGAAAUUGGUGAGCAGCUGAAGUUGCUUGAGAGUGAGUUAAAAGAAAAGGAAUAUUUUGGAGGUGAGAGCAUUGGGUACCUAGACAUUGUUGCAUUGUUUAUAGUGGACUGGUUCAAAGUUCGUCAAGAAAUUAUGCAAAUAGAAUUGUUAAAUGAAGAGAGGUUUCCAGUUUUAUGCAAAUGGAUGGAAAAACUCCAUGGAAUACAUGUGGUCAAUAAAUGCCUGCCUCCAAGAGAAGAACAUUUUGCUUAUCUUAAAGCUCGCAUUGAGUCUGCAAAAUCUGCCUCGAAAUAAAAAUCUCCAUGUCCUCUUUGUUGUUCCUUUGCUCUGUAGUGUAGUAUCUCCACCGUAUAUCAUUACGGCUGCUAGGUUAUCUAAUUAUGUCUUGCAUUAUGAAUAAAAAUAUUGACUUGUCAAAAAAGGCUACAAAUAA